CUGUUUAUGGCUACUUUAAACUUAGGCUCUGCUUCUCACUUUGUUGACCAGCUUCAGCAACGCCCCGAUCUCCACCUAGAUUCCCCCCCAACUUCUGACCAUGUCAACCACUUCAACGCCAGCGGCGGCUCCGGCGGUAGCGGUGAUGUCAUGGUCCGUCGCCCCAGGGGCCGCCCUGCCGGCUCCAAGAACAAGCCAAAGCCCCCCGUGAUCAUCACGCGCGAGAGCGCCAACACGCUCCGCGCUCAUAUCUUGGAGGUCGGUGGUGGAUGCGACGUCUUCGAGGCGGUGGCCGGCUAUGCACGCCGACGACAACGGGGGAUCUGUGUAUUGAGUGGAAGUGGGAUUGUGAAUAAUGUUAGCUUGCGGCAGCCCGCGGCUGCUGGAUCGGUGUUGACGUUGCAAGGGAGGUUUGAGAUUUUGUCGUUGUCGGGAUCGUUCCUGCCGCCGCCUGCACCGCCCGGUGCUACCAGUCUCACCAUUUUCUUGGCCGGAGGACAAGGACAAGUGGUGGGAGGGAAUGUGGUGGGAGCUUUGAUCGCAUCGGGGCCAGUCAUCGUCAUAGCAUCGUCGUUUAGUAACGUUGCAUACGAGAGGUUGCCGUUGGAUGAAGAAGAAUUGCCGAUGCAGGCUGGUGGUGGUGACGGUGAUGGAGGCGACGGUAGCGGCGACGGUCACAACAACCCUUUUCCUGAUGCAUCUUCCAGUCUGCCCUUUCUUAAUCUGCCUAUGAACAUGCCCAAUCAGAAUCAAUUUUUUGGUUGA